AUGCUCUCCAUCAGCACCCAAGAUCCAGGAGCCGAAAACAUGGCAGACAUACUGACCACACUCAAAACAACCGUCACCAUCGUGGAACCACUCACAAAGACAGCACACCGCCCGCUUGAGACCCUCCUCUCGACCGCCAACGACUCAACGCACUCCUUCGAUGUCUCCUCAGGCCCACUGUGGGAGAGCAUCAUCCGCGUCACAUUACUCCUGAUCACAUGCCGGGUCGCCUGGAGCAAGUUCUUGAUCAUCGCCACAUACAUCAACAACGCAUUCCGAGACUGGCUUGACGUUGCGCCUGGUCCAGCACGAAAGUUCAAAGCCAGAGCAGUCUUUUGGUUCAUGGUCACCGUCUAUCUGGUGACCCUUACCAACGUCGGACUCUUCCUCUUCGAGCAAUUGUCUCAAAUACUCUACCUCAUGGAGACCGGCGGCCACGAGCAUGUGGGCCUAGUCGGGGCAGAGUGGAGCAAAUUCCUGCUGGCAGGAGCGGGGGUUCUGGCCACGCACAAGCUGCAGAGUGAAGAGGUGGGCAUCAUGGUCCAGUAUGGGAAGAGGGAAGCAAGAAGGCCGGAGGCUGUGUUGCGAGAACCGGUGUGGUCACUUGUGGGGAUCUUUGGGCUGACAUGUCUCGUUCUUUCGGAGUUCUGCUCGGGAGUCUUGAGAUAUCAGGGAGCUUUGGCUGUGACGACAGAAGCUCUGCUGGUGCAGGUGUCGAAAGUGGUAUGGGCGGCAAAGGAUUGA